ACAAGAGAUAUGUUGGACAACUUCGAAAAGGAAAUGCGUUCUCUUUUCGUUACAACACGUGCAAGUGAAAAAGCCAUGCGAAUAAUAAAGGAAAAGAGAUGUGUUUUUCUUAAAGGCAAUCCAGGGGACGGAAAAACAACACUAGCUAAACAUAUCCUUGAAGAACUAAUGAGAGAAAAAAAGAUGCAACCUUUACAGCUGUUAUCUUUAGAAAAUUUUUAUGGAAAAGUUCCGAAAUGUUCUAGAAUUAUAAUAUUUCUUGAUAAUUUGUUCGGAGAAAGAUCUGUUCUUAAGGACGAGGUACAUUACUUUAUUAUUCAGAAAGACUUCAUUAAAGUUAUUCUAAACAAUGAUGAAAACGGGGAUGGAAAUAUGUUAAUAGCAACUUUAAGAAAUGAUAUUUACAAGGAAUGUGAAAGCAGACUUAGUGGGAUAGAUUUUUUAAGAAAUUCUAUUGUCGAUAUAUCUGAUAUGGAACAUAACAUCAACAGAGAGGAGUUAGAAUGUUUUUUGUCAAAGUACGAAUUAAAAGACACUAUCGUGUCCGCUGAUGAGAUUAUAAAAACCAGGAAAUUUGGCAAUAUGAUUGGUAUUCCUCAGUGUAUCAAAAUAUUAAAAAAUAUAACACAAAACAAAAGCAAAAAAAAUAUUGGCGACAUUUUUGAACACCCUGUUAAACAUUUACAAGAGGAAAUCAAACUGAGAAUUAAUGAAAAAGAACACAAAACUGCUGUUUUGAUUUACAUUCUACUUUGUGGAGGAAAGGGGCUGGUAAUGAUACAUUGGUAGAAUAUCUAUUACCAUGUUCAUCAGAAAGACAGAAGUAUAACUCAUUAAACAAGGCCUGUAUGUAUAAUCGUGUCGAGGUUGUGGACCUUAUUCUAAAAGG